AUGACCAUGGCCCAAUCAUUCCAACAAGCUUCUUAUUUGCCAGAUCCCAAUAAGGAAACCCGGAUUUUCGACUCUUCACGGGAAGGACCCGCGGAAAGAAUCCUUCCAUAUGGAUUUCCCCACAAAUUGGGCUCCGAUAUGGCUUGGAAAAAGGAGACUAUCUCUAUAGAUCACCCUACAGGUGCUGAGACUCCAUACCUUCUAAUUCUGCAAGAUCCGCAGUUGGACGAGAUAGAGGCAGCGCUCAGGCACUUCGAACGUCAGCCAGCCACCGUUCUACUUCUUUUCUGCCCACUCAAGUCUGACUAG